UCUCAGGGGCCGGGCGGGGGAGGCCAGGCGCGCGAGCAGAGCGCGGGGCACGAUGUCCGACGCGGGCGGCGGAAAGAAGCCGCCUGUGGAGCCGCAGGCGGGACCAGGUCCGGGGCCGGGGCGCGCAGCUGGGGAAAGGGGCCUGCCGGGCUCCUUCCCUCUGGUCCUGAAGAAGCUGAUGGAGAACCCCCCGCGCGAGGCGCGCCUCGAUUUUGUGUGUGCAGAUAAGGAAAAGGGGAAGGAAAAGCUGGAGGAGGACGAGGCCGCAGCAGCCAGCACCAUGGCCGUCUCAGCCUCCCUCAUGCCACCCAUCUGGGACAAGACCAUUCCCUAUGAUGGCGAGUCUUUCCACCUGGAGUACAUGGAUCUGGACGAGUUCCUGCUGGAGAAUGGCAUCCCUGCCGGCCCCACCCACCUGGCCCAGAACCUGCUGCUGCCUGUGGCUGAGCUAGAAGGGAAGGAGUCGGCCAGCUCUUCCACGGCGUCCCCACCAUCCUCCUCCACCGCCGUCUUUCAGCCCUCUGAAACUGUGUCCAGCACAGAAUCCUCCCUGGAGAAGGAAAGGGAGACACCCAGUCCCAUCGACCCCAACUGCGUGGAGGUGGAUGUGAACUUCAACCCGGACCCUGCUGACCUGGUCCUCUCCAGCGUGCCGGGCGGGGAGCUCUUCAACCCUCGGAAGCACAAGUUCGCAGAGGAGGACCUGAAGCCCCAGCCCAUGAUCAAAAAGGCCAAGAAGGUCUUUGUCCCCGAUGAGCAGAAGGACGAAAAGUACUGGACGAGACGCAAGAAGAACAAUGUGGCAGCCAAACGGUCCCGGGAUGCCCGGCGCCUGAAGGAGAACCAGAUCACCAUCCGUGCAGCCUUCCUGGAGAAGGAGAACACGGCCCUGCGGACGGAGGUGGCCGAGCUACGCAAGGAGGUGGGCAAGUGCAAGACCAUCGUGUCCAAGUAUGAGACCAAGUACGGGCCCUUGUAACCCGUGCCCCCACCCGGGUGGUGCGGCCUGCACCUCAGACCUCUGCCUGGGGGCCCCCUGAAACCCCACCCGCGUGGAGACUUAUGACUCGUCACGGGCAAAUGGCGGCGCACCUGCUCCAGGAGCGUUCACGUUUAAGCUUCAUUAUCACAUGGCCAGUGCACGUGGCGACUUCUCUGGGGGGCCAGCCUCCUCACUGGCGGGGUGAGAGAAUCUAUGUAGACGGGUGAAUCAGCCUUAGUUUCUAUUCUUGGAUGUCCCGGUUGAAUCGGAAGGGGACCUCUGGAGUACAGAUCUCCUCUCACAGGGCGCUCAGGCUUCCCUGAUUCCCCCUCAUCUCCAGCCUGGGCCUCGAGGCCUGUCUCUGCAGAGUGAGUCGUGACCAUUGUCACCCUUACGUCUUCUCAGGUAGCAGGGCGCAUUUCCAGGCGGGGUGUCUGUCAUCCACCUCACCCUCCCCAGAAGGUCUUUGAGAGAAACACCUGUUCCCAUCUUCCUCAGAGGUGGACAGACGCACCAGCUGCUGCAUGGUGUCUGUGUGGGUGCCAGGCCACAGGAGCGGGGUUUCUGCAAAGCCUGGGAUGGGUUGGGUCUGGGGCCUGCGGCACAAGUGCCCCCAACCAUUCUUAGCUCCCACACCCCUUUUCUCUUGUGGCUCUGAGCCUGGAUGGCUCUCUCUGCUUCAUCUGCCAUGGAGGAGAGACUGCCAGGGCGUCCGGCCUCUGAGCCCUGAUUACAGGGCAGAGGGAGACCUUUUCCAUCUCCUCUUCUCCAGGUCACUCAUGAAGGCCACCUGAAUUUUGUUUGUCCCACUAGACUGGGCCUCUGAGCCUGCUAUUUCUUUUCACCCAGUGACCAAUCUCAAAUCUUGGAUUCAAAAGGAAAACCCCCCCUCGUCUAGGAAGCUUAACUUCCUGGAGCCAGGAUGCACCUUCCACCUGGUGUUUAGAAGUCUGGCCUCCACAACCACCUUCCACUGUGGGCGGACAGCUGGGGCAUGUUUCUCGAGAAACUCCAUUUUUUCUUGCUCUGCUGUCCGACGUGGGCCAGACCAAGAAUCUGCUCUCCCUGAAAGCAGAAGAGGGCUUCCCAGUUCUUGCUUCAGGAUCCCUCCUCCGUGUGAGCUGCCUGGAGGGCGACAGCCGGGCAGGACACCUGGUCUGGGGUCGCCAGGGUUGAAGCACAACUCUUACGGAAUAGCAGGCUCUUGGGACAUUUAUACAGGCUAGAGUCCCCUCAAUCUGGGUCUCAGGACGUGGGCCACUCACACAAGCCUGGCCGUAGUGUGGUGUGGAGGGGUCCUCACAGCCGUGGCUUCACUACUCAAAGCUGCUCCUUUCUCUUGUGUCUGGUUGGACUCAUCCUUUUCCUCUGCCCAGAAGAUUAAGUGAGGAAAUCUGUGGAACCUUCUGCUUAUUGUGGUCAGCUGGGGCACCUGAAGAUGGGUAUAUUUAUUUGCUCAGGGCGGGAAGCCUGUGGUAAAGAGGGGUCAGAGGUGACGGGUGCACUUUGUCAUGCUUACCACUGGCUUUAUUUAAAGUGGUGGCUCUGAGUCCCGGGCCCAAACUCCUAAAGACUUUUCCUAACAGAUGUUAAGACCAGGGGCAGCCAUCCACUGGCUGUGGACCACACACCAGGGGAAUGCCACGGCCCUCCAGGACCUGCACACCUGCCUCUCCGGGGGCCUUGACAAGGGUCCGUGAGGCCAAGGGAGGUCACUCCUUCCCUCUAGGCCCCUGACUUUUACUUUGUGGUUCUAUAAAAACCAUGUUCACAUUUUUCACUCUUGUAAUCACAAAAGGGCAGUUGCAUCCAGCAUGUCAGUGUCCUGCCCCGGGCAGCUUGCCCGCCCGGGCACUCUCCCUCUGGUCUGGCUACCCACCAGGAGGGCAGUUCUCAUUUUGUUAUUGGUAGAAGAGCCUCCAGCUUCAAAGCUCUUCAUUUUCUUUGGCCAGAAAAUGUAUGGUUUGUGUUUCUUUGUUUUUUUUUUUUUUAAAGGAUGGACAUUUAAUCUCUGGAUGGCGUCCAUGUUCCGACCCCAGCGGGUGGGAUGAUGGCCUGAUGUCUCUCCUCUUUGUCCCACCUUCUGCC